UGCCGUUCCACGCUAGACACCGAUGGAGCUCCAAGCGCACUAUCCGCACUAUUCGGGCUAACAUCAACAAGCGUCUAUGAGUUUAAAUGGGAUGUUGCGAUGAGGCCACGGUGGGAUUGUUGGUUAACUGCCCCCGAAGCCGCCGAUGAUCGUGCCAGCUGUAGGCAGCGAGCCUGGCAAGGCGGUAGCAAGAUGACAGCGUGUCGUCGGCGACCAUAGACGCUGCAGUGUUUCGCGCGAAGCUAUUCCCCCGAUUAGCGUCCGUGUGUGGCAAAGGAGGGCGAGUGAGAGCGCCCGUGCGGGUCGUAUUUUCGUCGCGGCCGUUGCUAUUGUGGUGGCACUUCGUGACUGUGGCCCCAAAUGAUGCUUGUGCAGCGAGGAAAAGACACGCUCCUAUUAUGAACGGCACCGUUCCGCCUCGACAUGUGCACUGUCGGCUGAGGAAGUUAUGAACCCUAUCACCGAUGGACAGCAACCUUCCUGGCGGCUCUGGGGCGAAGAGAAGAACGAUGGUGCUGUCUACACGGUGUAUCUCAAGAAAGUGCGCUACCACCCAAGCAGCUCCCUUAGCAGAAGUGAGGACUCUGAGGACACGGUGUCUCACCUGGAGUGGGAGACGGUGCGGGUACGAGUGGUCAAGGCAGGCUCCCUGGCGGCCAUUGUGGCCAACCUGGCAGACGACGAGGGGGGCCUGGAGCCGACCAACGUCAACAUCUUCCUGGCCACCUACCGGUCCUUCGCCAGCCCACAGCAGGUGCUGGACACCUUCCUGGCCAGGUACAGGCAGCUGAGUGGCCGAGAUGCCGACGAGGCGGAACCACCCACAGUAGCCCCGGAGAAGCAUCAGCAGGCCCUGGUGCAGGCACUUCUGGUGUGGCUGGACAUGUACCCGGAGGACCUGUACGAGCCGCCGCAGUUUGUUGUGCUGCGCCAGCUCCUGGGGUUCGCCCAGUGCCAGCUGGACCCCGGCUCGAGCCUCGAGCUGCGAGCCAAGCACCGGCUACAGCAGUUCCUCGCUAGGGACCCCGAGAAAGAAGGCCUGUUCUUCGAGCCCCCUCCCUGGGGGGUCGUGUUUGGGCCUCGGUGGCCCCCCGCCCAGGCCAGGGCACAGUCCACGCCCGGACCCGUCUGGCUGCAGGAGCUACAGGAGGAACAUGCCGCCUGCCAGCUCACGUGGAUGGAUGCGGAGCUGUUUCGCCGGCUGGUGCCACACCACUGCCUUGGCGCCAUGUGGCGGAGACGUGGCGGCAACGCCCGGGACUGGGCGGCCACUGUGCACAACACGGCCACGGCCACGGUGCGCCAGUUCAACGCUGUGUCUCGGCGUGUGACCUCGACAGUGCUGUGGGAAGGCUGGCGAGGGGACGCGGCGUCGCGCGCCCGCGUGCUCGCCAAGUGGGUUGGCAUAGCCCAGGAGCUGCGCUUCCUCAAGAACUUUUCUUCGCUCAAGGCCAUCAUUGCGGCGCUGCAGAGCAACGACAUCUACCGCCUCUCCAGGGUCUGGGCCCUGGUAGAGCCAGACAGGGUGCAGGCGUUCCUCGAGCUGGCGAGGAUCUUCUCCAGCGAGGAACAUCAGAUGAGCUGCAAGGAGCUCAUGCUCAAGGAGGGCACUGCUAAGUUCGCCGACACUGUGGGAGACAACGAUCGUCAGCUGCAGAAGGCAAUGCAGAAGCAAUUGGCCUCUGGCACGCCUGGGCGCAUGCAGGGCACGGUGCCCUACCUCGGCAUCUUUCUGCGUGACCUCACAGUGCUGGACGCUGCCCUGCCAGACGUGCUGCCGGGAGGAUUGCUCAACUUCGACAAGCGCCGACGCGAGUUCCGCAUCUUGGCCCAGGUCAAGCUGCUUCAGAGCGCCGCCAACUGCUACAGCCUUGAACCGGACCCUGCCUUUGUCGCCUGGUUCGAUGCCUUGCCGAUACUCUCCGAUGACGAGAGCUACCGGUUGUCAUGCCUGGUGGAGCCUCCCAGCUGCCCAAGGAGGAGUCCAUGCAGAACACCCAGGGCAAAGACAGAGCUUGAGCUGGACUCUGCAUCCUUGGCAAGCAGUGGUGGACAGUCGUGCGACCGGGGCGGUCAUCGUGAAUCCCUGCCACGAAAUGGACGCCUGCAGCAGCGUGCCUGGCAGAGCACGGGCAGCCUUCUGUCUGCCCUGAGCCUGCAGAGGAGUCCCGGGAGGGGCAUGAUGAGCCAGUGUCCUCCCCCUGCUCCUGCAGGGGCUCCAGACCUUAAGGUCAUUCGGGUCAGCGUUGAGCAGCCACAGGAGGCCACCGCUUCGGGGCUGAACCUCUACAAAAGCAUCCUGCUGAGCAAUGGGGACCACACUCCUGCGGUGGUGCGCCAUGCCUUGGAUAAACAUGGCCUCGAGGGAGACCCCGACGAAUUUGUCUUGGCACAGCAGCUGCCCGACUCUGAGAUUGUCUUUCCAGCCUCUGCCAAUGUGUUUUAUGCCCUGAGCAAUGCACAUGCGCUCAACUUUGUACUGAGGCCCAAGAAGGCGGAAAGUGCUUCCCCAGCCCUGGGUGCCAAGAAGCUGCGUAGGCCGUUCCAGUUCAAAAAAAGGUUGUUACCAACAACCUCCCCAUGAGCUCAGCGGACAUCAUACGAGAGACGCCCAGCUUUCUGGGCUCGGCUCAUCUUUGGCCACCCCCGUUGUUUUGCACACCUGUGGCACUUGUACAUAGUAUUUUACUUUUACGAGUAGUUUUUUUUCUUCUCGAUUCUCCGGGUAAUUUACUUUUUUUGUUUGUUGACACGUCUUACGCCCGUUUCACGUUGUUCAAUGCUCAGACUCGGUCAAUAAGAAAUGUGAUGUUUGCCGCCUCUUUUUUUUUUUUUCUUGUUGUGACUGGCGGCAAGUCAACGAAUUUGUGAGCCAACGAAUUAGCGAUCGCCGUAUACUUCCCAAGUGGCGAUAGAGCCACCUAUACACAUCCACCGGAAUGUAUAUCGAAGUGGUGGUUCGAAUUUGUGAAAGGUCUGAAGUGCCUGUUUGACCUUUUGUGGUAUGCAAGUAGUGCGGAACAAACUGUGUAUACUAGCCAGAACUUUAUCAUAUACAUGGCACACUGCCCUGCACUAAGGUGCCGUGUAGCACAUAGCCGGAUGCAGUAUUACUUAAAAAGUGUCACGUCCUUUUCACGUUGCAUCACAUGUUUCCCACAUGUGUUUUACAUUUUCUACCCCUCCUCACCGAUAUGUGCCUUUCCUCAUGUCGUUCUGUGGGCAUCCGGCGUUGUGGAGUGAAAUAAAGCCGAACAACGCCACA